AUAAAGUUUUUUAGAGGCUCUUUUUAUUUCCAAAAUGGCGGAGUACGAUCUGACCACCAAGAUCGCACAUUUUUUAGACCGGCAUUUGGUCUUUCCGCUGCUGGAAUUUCUCUCUGUCAAGGGGAUCUACAAUGAGAAAGAACUUCUCCAAGGGAAGCUGGAUCUUCUCAGCGACACUAACAUGGUGGACUUUGCCAUGGAUGUAUAUAAGAACCUCUAUUCUGACAAAGACAUUCCGCAUUCAUUAAAGGAGAAAAGAACCACAGUGGUGGCCCAGCUGAAGCAGCUCCAGUCUGAAACUGAGCCUAUUGUUAAGAUGUUUGAAGAUCCAGAAACUCAGAGACAGAUGCAGUCCACCAGAGAUGGGAGGAUGCUGUUUGAAUAUUUAGCAGACAAACAUGGUUUUCGUCAGGAAUAUUUGGAUACGCUGUACCGUUAUGCUAAGUUCCAGUAUGAGUGUGGCAACUACUCGGGGGCUGCAGAGUAUCUUUACUUCUUCCGUGUGCUU